UAUCGUAUCGCCUAAUUACAAAAAAUAAAUAUAAAUGAAGUGAAGCGGACGCAGCAACAAAAACAAAGAGAUUGCUACGAUCAAAAUGCUACGGGCAAUCGGGAAACGGGACAGGGACAUCUUCGAGGAAGUUUGGCCGGACAAAAGGCGAAUAGUUUUAAAGCUACUGCGCCAGGACACGGUGUCGCAGCGCGAAUGGCAGGACCUAUUCUUCGGCGUACACUUCGUGUGCCUGUGGGACGAGAAGGGCGCGGCCAAGAUCUACGACUGCCUGCAGCAGGACAUCGUUGAGUUUAUCGUCCAGGCCCAAAGCCAGGUGCAAGCGCAACGGGGCGAGCAGGCCCUUCUGGCCACCUAUAUUGUGGAGUGGCGGAAGUUCUUUACACAGUCCAACUACCUGCCGCUGCCUUUCCGCCAGCUGGAGCAGUCGCCCCAGGUGAAGCCCUCCUCCAGUGGCAGCAGCUCCUCCGCAUCCGUCUCCGCCUCGGGAGCGAGUACGAGUGCCGCCGCGGCGGCAGCAGCUACUUCCUGCAGCGGCCAGGCUGGAAAGUCAGGAGCCUCCACCUCAGCCGCAGCUGGAGCCUCCACUUCAGCCGCCGCUGCUGCAGCCUCCACAUCCGCCUCCACAAGCUCAGCAGCGGCAGCUGCAGCUGCUUCCGGAAGUGGGAGCUCCAGCAGCAGCACCUCUACCUCCAAGAAAAACCCCACGGAGGACAGUCCUGUACGAAAACUAAUGCUGGACUCCUGGAACAAGCACAUAUUCCACGACAUCAAGCAUCGUCUGCAGGAGUCGGCCAUGAAGAUUGUGCACGCCGAGCGGAACGGCGAUGCCUAUGAUGCCCAGCUAGUGGUAGGCGUGCGCGAGAGCUAUGUGAAUCUCUCCUCGAAUGCAGAGGACAAACUAGAGAUCUACAGGGAGAACUUUGAGAUGGCGUACCUUAAGGCCACUGUCGAGUUCUAUCGCCUGAAAUCCGCCGAACAACAGCAAGAGAACGGAGUGCUGGCCUAUAUGAAAUACGCCGACUCAAAGUUGCGUGAGGAGGAGGUUAGGGCCAAGCGGUAUCUGGAGCCCAGCAGCUUCAGUAUACUUACUUACACGCUGGUUAAUGUGCUCAUAGUGGACCACCUCAACUCAAUCAUCGCCGAGUGUCCGGCUUUGAUCAGGGACUAUGAAACGGAGCGAUUGAAUCUCAUGUUCCGCCUGAUGGAUAGAGUGAUGCACGGCGUUGGCGUGGAGCCCAUGAUGGGUGACCUGCAGCGUCACAUCAUGUCCGCCGGACUGGCCGACAUGCUGUCCGCUUCGGAGGUGAUUACCCAGGAUUCGGAAAAGUACGUUGAGCGGCUACUUGAGCUGUUCAACAAGUUCAGCGACCUGGUACGCAACGCCUUCAACGACGAUCCCCGCUUCCUCACUGCCCGCGACAUUGCUUUUAAGACGGUAGUCAACGACACCAGCGUGUUCAAGAUGGAGCUACCCACGAGUAUCGCCAAUCGGGGUGUAAAGUACACAGCGCCGGAGAGCAAAUGCCCGGAACUACUGGCCAACUAUUGCGACAUGCUGCUGCGGCGAACGCCGCUCAGCAAACGCCUCACCAGCGAACAGAUCGACGCCCGUCUGCGCGAUGUCCUCUUGGUCCUGAAGUACGUCAACAACAAGGACGUCUUUAUGCGCUAUCACAAAGUUCAUUUGACGAGGCGCUUGAUUCUGGGGACCAGUGCGGACAGCGAAAAGGAGGAGGACAUAGUCGAGUGGCUGAGGGAGGUGGGCAUGCCGGCGGACUACGUGAAUCGGCUGGCGCGCAUGUUCCAAGACAUAAAGGUCAGCGAAGACUUAAAUACUCAAUUCCGCACCUCGAUAAGUCGGCACGAUGCUAUCAACAUAAAAAUACUCAACGCGGGUGCCUGGGCCCGCUGUUCGGAGCGAGUCUCGGUCUCACUGCCCAUCGAGCUCGAGGACUAUAUUCCUGAUGUGGAGGAGUUUUACAAGAAGAAGCAUUCCGGCCGUAAGCUGCAGUGGUACCAUCACAUGAGCAAUGGCACUAUCACCUUUGUGAAUAACUUCGGGCGCUACGAUCUGGAUGUGACCACUUUCCAGAUGGCCGUCUUGUUUGCCUGGAAUCAGCGUCAGCAUGACAAAAUUUCCUACGAGAAUCUCCGCCUGGCCACAGAACUACCAGAUCCCGAACUGAGGCGAACGUUGUGGUCGCUGGUAGCGUUCCCUAAGAUAAAGAAACAGAUCCUGCUCAUGGAACCGGCGGCGAUCAGUUCGCCCAAGGACUUUGCCGAGAACACAAUGUUCUAUAUUAAUCAGGAAUUUGCUAUUGUCAAGAAUGGCAAAUCCCAGCGUCGUGGAAAGCUGAAUCUCAUCGGGCGACUGCAAUUGAGCACGGAGCGCUCGCAGCAGGAGGACAAUCAAUCCAUUGUGCAACUGCGUAUUCUGCGCACACAAGAGGCCAUUAUCAAAAUCAUGAAAGUGCGCAAGCGGAUGAACAACGCAGCGCUGCAGGGUGAACUCAUCGACAUAUUGAAGAACAUGUUCCUGCCGUCCAAGAAGAUGAUCAAGGAGCAGCUGGAGUGGCUGAUUGAGAACAAGUAUAUGAGACGGGACGACGAUGAUAUCAACAUGUUCAUUUACGUGGCCUAAGCAGCUGCUCCUGAUCCCGGCUCUAGUCUCAGUCCCGUCUAUGCAGUCAUUCCCAUUUCCAUUCCCUCACACGCUACUCAAAAACUAUUGCGAUUUUAAUCUCAACGCCGACGUGCUCAAAGCACGCGCCCUUUUUCUGUCUACGGAAUUGGAUAAUUGUAUUAUAUGGAAACGUGAUUCGCUACUGACAUUGCGCCCUCAGAGCAUUUAAAAGACCCACACUCCAAUCGGCAGCCAUUUUCUCGUGUCCACGUCCUGUAUUUGUGAAACUUUGUAUUUUUAUAUUGGCCCACUGGCUGCUCUGCGUAGCUCUAGAUAUUAUGUUUUGUGCGCUACAUGCACCCUGGAAAUUCCGAACCCACGCCCACGCCCUGCCCCCGAGUAUAUCGAUCGAUAGCGUUAAUCUAAUCAACCUGCUGUUUUCUAUGUGUGUAGUUAUCCCUUGUUUGUUUCCGUUGCCUGGUCUUCUGUUGAUUCUUGGGUAUUUUGCAAUGUUCCACGUGAGACUCACACACCUCCUGAAGAUUGAUGGGGAAGCCAAUUCUUCGUCUCCGCUCGCUCCCAGCAUGGAAUGCCUAAUCACACACAAACACUCACACGGGAUCGCAAAACUAUAACUAAAAUAGCAAUACUUUAUGUUUAAGUUAAUGAAUAAAUUUGGUUCUACACAUAAUGAAAGCG